ACUGCUUCAGAAGAACUGACGCAAACCAGGAGAAUGAAGUUCGGCUUGGCGUUUUUGGUUCUCGGGGUUUUGGCCCUGUCUGGUGCCGGUACAGCACUGAAAAUCGGGGCUUUCAACAUUCAGACCUUCGGCAGGAGUAAGAUGUCCAAGCCUGAAGUCGUGGAAAUCCUGCUACAGAUUGCAGAGCGGUAUGACAUCUUACUGAUCCAAGAGAUUCGGGACAGCACGUUUACCGCCAUCUACAGCUUUCUGGACCAGCUCAAUGCCCGCCGUGGGAACGAUUACUCCAUGUUGUUGAGUGACCGUCUGGGGAGGUCUUCCUACUACAUGGAACAGUACGCCAUUCUGUACAGGAACGACCGUGAGCUGACUCCUGUGGGAGACUACCACUAUGGAGACCCUGGAGACAUCUUCCACAGGGAACCUUACGUCAUCCGCUUCCUGUCAGGAACUACCUCCGUCCAAGACUUCGUGUUGGUCCCCCUACACGCCGACCCUGAGGACGCAGUGGUGGAAAACAAUCAGCUGUACAACGUCUACCUGGACGCCGUGGACCGCUGGGGAGACCAGGACGUCCUGAUCUUCGGAGACCUCAACGCCGACUGCAGCUACGUGGGCAGCGCUGAUUGGUCGAGCAUUCGAAUCUGGACGGACAACCGAUUCGAAUGGCUGAUCGGGAACGAGGCUGACACGACCGUCAAGGGCACACACUGUGCUUAUGAUCGACUGGUUGUCGCCGGUUCUCAGCUCCAGGCGUCAGUUGUGAGCUACAGCGUGUUUAACUACAUGGAGGAGUACAAUCUGUCUCAAACUGAAGCAGAGGCGGUGAGUGACCACUGGCCAGUGGAGAUGGACAUCGCCUAGUGCCCCCCCCCCCCGUACAUCGGCAAUGGAGGACGCACGG